UUCCGGCCCCGACGAAGGAGCGGCGCCGAUGGACGAUAUUGUCGCACGGGGAAAAGAGCAAAAGGAGUCGCAGCUUCAGGUCCAGGUACAGGUGGAGCAAGAGCCACGGUCGCAAGAGUCGCAGCAGGAACAAAAGCAGGAAGAUGCGCAGUUACAACGAAAAGAGCCGGGUCAUCUACAGCAGCAGGUACGCCAGAAAAUAGAGAAGGACAGGGAACAACGAAAGCUUCAACAAGAACAACAGCAAUUGCAGCGUAAACUGGAACAGGAAGAGCAAAAAUUGCGACAAAAGAUGGAACACGAGGAGCAGCAAUUGCAAUGUAAACUCGAACGAGACGAGAAGGCGUUGCAGCAAAAGCUGGAGCAAGAAGAGCAGCAGUUGCAAAAGAAACUGGAAGAAGAGGAGCACAAAUUACGAGACAAAUUCGAAAAGGAACAAGAGACGCAACAGGUUACGCAGCCGAAGAAAGAGGAGCAACAAGUACCAUCGAAAGAUGAAGAGCGUCAAAAGGAGGAUGAGAAGCAGUCGCGACAGAAAGAUAAACCAUCGCAGCCGCUGGAAGACAGCGAGCAAGAGCGACUGCGUAAACAGGAAGAGGAAGCGCAGCCCGUAGAGAAGAUGCGUCAGGAACCGCUCGCGGAGCAGAAGAUAGAGACGCAAGAUGAUGAAAAGAUGCAACGACGAAAGGAGGAAUCGCAACAACAGCAACCGCAGCAGGAGCAGCCGGGGGUUCGAUCGCUCGAGGCGGUGGGUGGACUUUACAUCAGGAUAGUGCUCAGGCACGAAGGCCGUAGGAAUCUCGUCUGGCUGUACAAAACGCACAUAUUCUAAAUUCCGAUGAUUCGUUUCGUCGCUUUCGUCUGAAUGUUCGAACGACCUCGCGUCUACACGGCUCUACGAUUUCUCCAUCCAUGUUGAAAGAUAUCGAGGCGCGUCCGCGUCCUGCGCGGAAUUAUCUUUUAUGUCUUAAGGAAGUAUCGUUAAUCCUCGAGUAUUUUUAACGGCGCAGAAACGACGUGCGCAUAUUCAGCUGCUUCUCGAUUUCGAAGGCGAGAGAAGUUUCAACAGUGUUAUCCGGUGUCGCGUUUCGACCGUGGAGAUGAGCUAUUUCCAGAUAUGUCACGAAUCGAGAGAUUCCACUAGGCUCGAUUGAUCCCAUGGUCGUGGGAAUGACAGUCAUGACAAUCGCGCUCGUGUUAUUGUUGCAGGGAAAAAAA